AUGGAUAACGCCGCUCAAGCUGUAAUGCACGAAUACAAAGACAUUUGCCUGGCAUUUGGGGAAUCGGACGAGUUCAGUUUUCUCUUCCGCAAGUCAACUGCGCUGUACAAUCGUCGCCAAGCAAAGAUUCUCACUACGAUCACCUCGCUAUUCACAUCAUCCUACGUCCUGCACUGGCCACAGUUUUUCCCAGACACACCGCUAAAAUAUCCUCCAUCUUUCGAUGGGCGACUUGUUGUGUAUCCGUCCGCAAAAGAAGUCCGAGAUUAUUUUGCAUGGCGACAAGCAGAUACACACAUCAAUAAUCUAUACAAUACUAUUUUCUGGGCUCUGGUUCAACAAGGCGGCGAGACUACGGCACAAGCUCAUGCAACACUCCGGGGAACUGUAUCCGGCACAAAGCAUGAGAUGCUCCACUCCCGCUUUGGCAUGAACUAUAACAGUAUUCCAACGCGAUAUAGGAAAGGCAGCGUCCUCAUACGAGAGCGGAUCUCUGCCGAGAGCUCCAUCUCUCAACCUUCAGAAGCCGAGGGUGAUGCCGCUGCGCCGUCUUCGGGCGAGCAAACUGCGAGAACACUAGGCCAGAGAGCGGAGAAGAAGUCCGAAGCACGAAAGCGCCUGAGCGUGCUGCAUUGCGAUAUCAUUGGAGAUGAAUUCUGGCAGCAAAGACCCCAUUUACUCGAGUAG